AUGUCUCUGCUACCUCUGGGACUAUCUCUGUUUUUGUGGUGCUGCUGUAGCCUGGUCCACUCCUCCUUUUUGGACAGCUUAAAUUUCCUCCCAGCAGGCCUGAGAGCGCAAGAGCUGCAUCUGCAGAAGAGGUUCAGUCCAUGCUGUUUGCUGAGUCCACCGCCACCCCCCCUGUUUCCACCGCCCCCUUCACUUUGGCGCCGCCAUGCUCAUGAUGAAGGUGUUUCUCCUGGAGAAGCAGAAACUGAGACUGGAGACAAAUGUUCUGGCUGUUUAAAUAGCAACCCUGGACCUGUCGGGCCCACAGGACCGCAGGGUCCACCUGGCUUACCAGGCAUUGAAGGGUCCAAAGGAGAAAAGGGAGAAAUCGGGAGACCUGGGCCAAAGGGUCGGACUGGGCAACCUGGACUCCCGGGAAAGCAAGGACUUCCAGGAUGGCCAGGACCAAGUGGGCCUAAAGGGGAGAAAGGUGACCCAGGACUAAUGGGAUUACCUGGAUCCAGGGGGCCAAUUGGUCCAAGGGGCUUACCUGGAUAUAAAGGUGAAAAGGGCUCUCGAGGAGACCGUGGGGAAAGUGGAGCUAAAGGAGACAAGGGUGCCAUGGGGUUCCCUGGAAUGCUUGGACAGAAAGGUGAGAUGGGUCCAAAGGGAGAGCCUGGAAUCUCUGGAAAUAGAGGUCCCACUGGGAGACCUGGAAAGAGGGGAAAGCAGGGAAUAAAAGGAGAUCCCGGCAGUGUAGGUCCAGUGGGACCAGCAGGUCCACAAGGGUCUCCAGGCCACCCAGGUCCUCCUGGAUUAGCUGCCACAGGUCUUUACAUGGUUGGUUCAAAGGGUGCUCGUGGCCCACCAGGGCCUCCUGGGAAGUGUGGCUGCAAUUCUCUCUCUAAUUCUCCAUUUGACAACUAUCCCUCCAGAGGAAACUUUGCCAAAGUACCGGCGAUCUUUGUUGUAAGCAAUGAAGAAGAGCUGGAGAAUCUUCACAUGGACAAUGCGCUUGCAUUUCGUAAAGACCAACGGUCCCUGUAUUUUAAAGACAUUGAUGGCUGGUUACCAAUCCAGACUUUUCCAUUUCAGCUGACUCCAUUCCAGUCCAUGGAGAAUGCUCCGGACGACGGCUAUUGUGGGGAUGGUAUUGUGCAGAUUUUCAGUGGAGAGGAGUGUGAUGACAGAAACAGGGUCGUCACGGACGGCUGUGUCAAGUGUAAACAUGCUUACUGUGGAGAUGGAUACCGAUAUGAGGGCGCUGAGGAGUGUGAUGGGAAAGACUUUGGAUACCAAACAUGUAAUUCAUAUCUUCCAGGUUCAUAUGGUCAUCUCAAGUGCACACCACACUGUGUUAUUGAUUCCACAAAUUGCAAGUUCUUCACAUGAGUGUUGCUAUGCAAUGGAAAACAACUAGAAAAAGAAGAAUGCAAGGAACUUUCCAAGAGAUUGCAGCUAAAGAAGAUUUACUUACUCCAGACAUCUCUGCUGCUGAAAUGCUGUGUAGCUCCAUGGAGCUAUAGAAUGCACUUGGUCUUAACAGGCAAGACUUUAGAUCAUGCCCUCCUCUGUUGCAUUUUACCCUAUGGAGGCAGCCCCAACAUAAUAAUUGAUUAUUAAGAUUCACUGUGCAGUAAAAAAUCUAAGAUGGUGAAUAAUUUUGAUCAUUGCCCUAAUGUAUUCUACCCAAAGGAAUGGCACUGAAAUGCAUGAGGCUGUGAAAACGAGUGAUAGCAGCUCUUCUCUCCUAAACUGAAGGUUUGUUUUGCUUGAUGAUGACCGCAGUCUACAGACCUUUUUGAACCCCCUUUUUAUGUUUUAGCUAUAACCAAAACCAAUUUGUAAACUUCAUUUUCUGCAUUGCUUUGUAGAAGUGCAUCACUUCUGUCUUUACAAAGCCAUAAAACUCUCAGGAACCAAUAAGCCAUGAACAGUAGAGCCCCUUGGGUAGCUGCAGUGACUGUGCACAGAGGCACAUUGGUACUAUGUAACUAUACAUUAUAUGUGAUGGCUUGAAACUGUUAUGUCCUUAAUACCACUGGUGUAUACCUGUAGCUAGCCUCUCAGUUGCUGGUGGUUUACAGUCAUUACUGUACUGCUGUUAUACCUCUAUAUGAUCUUCCUGUCUUACCACACACAGUUAAGGCUCUUUUCUUAAUUGUGCAGAUGUCAGUUGUUUGUCACUUUGGUCAUAAUUUUCUUAUAUAAGCUAAUGUCUUUGCCAAGGGACUGCUUUUCUCAGCCAUAUUCUCGUCUGGUCAGAUGAUGCAUUGGACUUCUUUAAGACUGUUACAGUGUGGGCUUAUACAUAGUUCUUCGACUGGUGCAAAGAAUAGCUCUACUGUGUGUUUGUACAUUGCACUGCUUUAGUGUGUGUGAUGCACAAAGUACAUUUGUAAAAUGUCCUUUUUGUGGCCUGUAACACUGUAUGCACCAAAAUAAUUGCUGUACUAUGCAUGAUAAUGCUUUCUAUGUGAUCGUAUGUGAAGUGAGAUUGUGAAACAUUUUUUAAAUAUGAUUUAUAUUGUAUUGGUGGGAAUUUAAUGAACUAUAA